AUGUACAACAGCUGUGGAGGAGCUGGCGGCGGAGGAAAUGUCUAUGACCAGUAUGACAUUAAUUCACAAGGAAUGAAUCAAAACAGAGUAAAGGUCGAGGAUGCUUUAUCGUAUCUUGACCAAGUAAAAACUCAAUUUGCUGACCAACCCAACGUCUACACUCAAUUUCUUGAUAUAAUGAAAGAUUUCAAGUCCCAAGCCAUCGACACUCCCGGAGUUAUCACCAGAGUUAGCAGAUUAUUUCACGGAAGAUCUGCUCUUAUUAUGGGUUUCAACACUUUUCUUCCUCCUGGAUUUGAAGUGCGAGUUGUAGGAUCACGCAUCACUAUAACAGAACCAAACGGCAAUACCCAGGUAGUCAUGAAUAAUCCAGAAGCGGAACGUGUUGUUGAACAGGAGAAGGACCAGGAACAAGCUACCAUACAACCCAUCCGUUCAAUAGUCGAACAAGCUACUACAGAAAGUGUCCAAGGCACACCUACUCCUGCCGCUAUUGCAUCUUCGCCCAGCGCGAUGACCACUCCAAUUUUGAACCAUAGCAGUCAAGACAUUAAUGAAGCCAUAGGCUAUGUCAAUCGUAUAAAGGCACGGUUUGCGAACAAACCAGUGGUAUACAAAAAGUUUCUGGAUAUAUUACAUUCUUACCAAAGGACCGUUGAUCAGCAGGCGCGGACACCACAAACUGAGAAAGUUGUUUUGGAUGAGGUCACUGCUCUUUUUGGCGAUGAACCGGAUUUGCUCGAAGAGUUCCGACAUUUUCUUCCAGGGGUUCAUGGAUUCCGAGGCUCUUCGGAUGUUCCAUGGGAUAACAGUGAAUUAAAGGAGGCUGAAAUUAUCAUUUCUUCCGAUUCUGAUGAAGCUCCAAAUCAGGAGGAAAUUUCGGAUUCAGAACCGGAACUAGGAGUUAAACCGAAGAGAAAAAGGUGUUCGAAAGUCACUGCUAACGCCACAAGGCCUGUUACUCGUUCAUCCAAUGCAUCCGUAUGGAAAAGAGAUGUUGAUAUAAAAGACGCUGCAAUGAGUGCAAGCGUGGAAGAUAUUGUUUAUUUUGAUAAAAUCCGCCGUUGUUUGGACGAGAGAAAGCAUGAUACUUUUCUUCGCGCUCUAAACCUCUAUAGUGCAUCGAUAAUAUCCGCCAGCGAACUUCUCACAAUGUUGGACAAUGUAUUUGGAAAUCAGGCCUAUCUUCUUGAUGGCUUACGGCGGUUACUCGGCGUUGAAGACGAUUCUAACAGUACUUCCACUGUUGGAACGAUCGAGCAACGUUUUUCAAGUGACCUGGCUCACCAAAUUGAUUACUCCAGUUGUAAACAGCUCGGAGUUAGCUACAGAAGCCUACCAGACAGCUUUAAACGGCCAGUUUGCUCAGGAAGAACACCUCUCUGCCAUGAAGUAUUGAAUGAUACGUGGGUAUCGUUCCCUUCGUGGUCUUCUGAAGAUUCCACGCAUGUGUCUUCUAAGAAAACCCAGUAUGAGGAAUUCAUUUAUCGUACAGAAGAUGAGCGUUUUGAGCUGGACAUUAUAAUUGAUGUUAACAAAUAUGCUAUCGAAUCACUUGAACUUGUUCGAAGGCGUAUGGAGCGAAUGACACCAGCCGAACUCGAUAAGUUUCGACUUGAUGAAAAACUUGGUGGCAGUUCUCCUUCCUUGAUGUUACGUGCUAUCAAACGAAUUUAUGGGGAGCAUGCGUCAAAGAUUACCGAAGGAAUCAAGCGAAACCCUUUCAUGACAAUUCCCAAGGUGCUUGAUCGUAUGCGCGACAAAGAAAAGGAAUGGCGCGAAGCUCAAGUUGCUAUGAAUAGGAUUUGGCGAGAACAGAACGAAAAACACAUGGUGCGGUCCCUUGAUCAUCAGUCAAAUGCUCUUCGUAACAGCGAUUCCAAGUGGAUAAAAGCCAAGGCUCUUCUUCAUCACAUAGAAGUAAUGUUCGACGAGAGGCAGCAGAAAUCAGAAGAAGGUCAAUGCGAAGAUGUUGGCCCACACAUGGUGAUGUUGUAUCCAGAGGACAGAUCAAUUUUGCACGAUGCAUCCAAUCUUGUAAUUCAUUAUGUCAAGCGACAGUCUAAUAUCCACAAAGAGGAAAAGAAUAAAAUCAAGACCAUUUUGCGAAGAUGUGUAACGGAAUGGUUCGGAAUUGAUGAUGAAGAGAUGAGCGACGGAGAAGAAAACAACGACCCAUUGAUUGAUGAAGCUUUACCUCCUAAAAAGCGGAGAAUUGGAGAUGGUCCUGAUGAUGAACCGCCAAAGUUGGCUUUGACAACACACUACAGGCUUGUUUAUGGUGGAAAUUCGCUGUUUCUAUUCUUCCGUAUUCACCAGAUGAUUUGUGACCGUCUUGGAAAACUGAAAUUGAAACAUAUUGAACAAAUGAAGUCAUACGAGGAAGAACUAAAUGUUGCGGCGAUGCAGGCUGAGUUGUAUAAAAUCCAUGGGAAAGGGUUUGGAAGUCACGAGCAAAAUGCCAGUGACACAAGCAAUGGAUUGGCGAUAAUUAAGAAUCCCCGGCGUAAUCCUGCUUCCAACUAUGCUGAUCUUUUAUCAGAAAUUAAAAAUCUGCUGGAUGGAAAUAUUGAUUCCAAUACUUUCGAAGAUAAUGUUCGGCUACUUUUUCCAGUAGACGGCUAUCUUGUCAUAACCAUAGAUAAAUUAAUUGCUAUGGUUGGUCGACAGCUGCAUUUCUUAGCCACUGGUGCAGAUGGUUUGGAGACGAUGAAGUUGUACCAAAAGUUUCGCUACGAACAACCGAUAUCAGUAUUUAGUCAGUCUCUAAAGAAAGCAAGAAUUGAGGAGGAGUACGCAAGAUCUGCUGAAACAUUCUUCAAUUGUCAAAAUUGUUUUAAAAUCUUUGUUAUCUACGAGAAAAAACCUGUAGUCACUAUUGAACUUGUGGACACUGAAACAGAGGAAGAGCCAGUUGAGGACGACACAGCUCAAACUUGUGAAGAUGUAGCUCCAGAAGCAAGUAGUGGCGAUGAAUCGGAGGAAGUUGAUGAGGAACAUCGUCAAGGCAGUGAAAGAGCGGGUCCAAUGAAACAAAAUGGUUUAUCGACACGCGCCAGAGCUGCAGGAGCACCAAAUUCUGGCGUUCCAAGAUCAUCUAGAUGUACUUCCGCUACAACAAGACGAAGUCGCCUGUUCUUGAGGCGUAAUGCGCGCAUGAGAAAUGCUGAUAUAGCAGGAGAGUUUGUUGUUGUUGGCGGCGUAUCACCUACUCGUAGCACCUACACUUGGGAAGGAAUUAUUCGGCGAAAACGUUGUUCUGGGCUCUCCUUCAUGGAACGAAUGCACUACAUCCGAAAAUGUCGUGCAGGUGAAAUGUUCGCGGAAGAACACGGUGUUACUUGGCUUGCUAAAGGAAUGCAAAAAAGCAGAUCCCAUCAUCCUGUUUAUAAAUUCCUCCAGUACAACAAAUACCUACUUAAAAACACUUCUAGAUCAGCCCGUUUGUUGUCGCAACGUGUCAGUUAG